AUGAAUCGCGUCGGCUACGAGAACCGCGUCGGCUACGAGAAUCGUGUCGGCUACGAGAACACAAAUGUUACGGCUGGUCUCAUAAGUGAUAUUCCUGGUAGCUCAGGACAAGAGGUAUGCGGAGGUUCUCUACUUAGCACAAACCGAGUGUUAAUGGCUGCUCAUUGCUGGGACGAUGGUAGAAGCAAAGCUUGGAGAUUCACUGUUGUUCUUGGAUCGGAAACGCUUUUCACAGGCGAUACUAGAAUUCUUACCAGCUAUGUGGUCACCCAUCCACUGUGGAAUCCUGCAUUUGUCCAUAAUGACGUUGCCAUGAUUCGUUUACCCGAACAUGUUGUUCUAUCCGUUGACAGUAUCAAUAAAAAUCAAUUAUUAAAUUUUGUCAAUAUGGCUGUCAUCACUAAUGAAAUAUGCAACGUCGCUGUCUUCGGUGACAUUCAAUCUUCAAACAUUUGCACGAACACCCUCGGUGGUAAGAGCACUUGCCGUGGUGACUCUGGUGGCCCACUUGUUGUCCAAAGACGUGUCAGGACUGUUCUGGUUGGUGUUACCUCAUUGUUCAAUUUUCUGGGAUGCGAAUUUGGCUGGCCGGUAUUGUUUUCGAGAGUAACAUCGUUCCUUUGA